GACAUUUCUUUCCAUUUGGCAUUGCAUUCGUUUACUGUUUUCAUUCUGAAUUUUUCGUAAUUUUUAGUGAGUUUUAUUAAUAUUAAUAAUUAUAUUUGUUUUGUGUGCAUAAAAGUAUUAGGUGUGAGGCCUUUCUGCCAAAAGAUAUCGAUCACAUUUAAGAAUGGCGCCCACUAUUAUUAAUACAACUUCGAAUACAGAGAAGCGACCUGUUAGAGCGGCCGAACGCAAGUCCGAAUUAAUAUGUCGUGUGAAAUAUGGCAACAGUCUUCCUGAUAUACCCUUUGACCUGAAAUUUCUGCAGUAUCCGUUCGACAGCAACCGCUUUGUGCAAUACAAUCCGACUUCGCUGGAACGCAACUACAAAUAUGAAGUGCUUACCGAACAUGACUUGGGUGUAACAAUCGAUUUGAUAAAUCGCGAUCUAUAUCAGGCCGAUCCUUACGCUCAACUUGACCCAGCAGAUGAAAGGUUAUUGGAGGAAGAUGUACACACGCCACAUGAUUCGAUGCGUUCGCGCCAACAUUCACGCAGUGUUUCAUGGUUGCGUAAGUCGGAAUAUAUUUCGACAGAACAGACGCGUUUCCAACCGCAAAACCUUGAGAAUAUUGAAGCUAAGGUGGGUUAUAAUGUUAAGAAGUCCUUGCGCGAAGAAACGCUCUACCUUGAUCGUGAUGCACAAAUUAAAGCUAUUGAGAAAACAUUCAGUGACUCCAAACAUGAAAUUAGCAAACAUUACUCCAAACCAAAUGUGGUACCAGUGGAAAUAUUGCCUGUGUAUCCAGAUUUCAAGAAUUGGAAAUACCCUUGUGCACAGGUUAUUUUCGAUAGUGAUCCCGCCCCUGCUGGCAAAAAUGUACCAGCACAAUUGGAAGAAAUGUCUCAAGCUAUGAUUCGGGGUGUGAUGGACGAAAGUGGUGAACAAUUUGUCGCUUACUUCUUACCCACUGAAGAGACUUUGGACAAGAGACGCAAUGACUUUGCUGAAAAUGUUUUGUAUAAAGAUGACGAAGAUUAUGAGUAUAAAAUUGCACGCGAAUACAACUGGAAUGUCAAAAGUAAAGCAUCUAAGGGUUACGAAGAAAAUUACUUUUUCGUUGUACGUCAAGAUGGUGUAUUCUAUAAUGAAUUGGAGACACGUGUGCGCCUAAAUAAGCGACGUGUCAAAACCGGACAACAGCCAAGCAAUACCAAACUGGUGGUCAAACAUCGCCCAUUGGAUGCCAAUGAACAUCGCAUGCAAAGAUACCGAGAAAAACAAUUAGAGCCAGCAGGUGAUGAGGAGGAUGAGGAAAUGGAAGAAGAUGAAGAGGACGAGGAAGAGAUCGCAACAACUACACAGACCACUACUGAAAACAAUAAUAACAAAGGCGGUGAUGCUGAUGAUGGAGACGGAUCCGAAAAUGACAACGCAGAAGCAGCUCAAAAUGCGAAAGACCGUCAAUCACGCUCCCGUUCUAAAUCGCAUGCAAAAUCUAAGUCCCGUUCACGAUCACGAUCUAGUUCUGGUUCACGUUCAGGUUCGGGUUCACGUGCUUCACGCUCUCGAUCUCGCUCCAAAUCGGGUAGUCGCAGUCGUAGUGGAUCUCGCUCUACCGCACAUUCACGAUCGCGGUCACGUUCUGCAUCCAAAUCGCCAUCACGUUCUCGCUCAGCUACACCAGCAGGAUCGCAUAAAUCUGUUUCAAGAUCACGUUCACGUUCUGCCUCACAUACUUCACGCUCACCAUCGCGCUCGGUUAGUCGAUCUCGCUCCCGCUCGCGUUCUAAUUCUGGAUCGCGUUCACCAUCGAAAACUUCAGCACGUUCUCGCUCCCGCUCUCGAUCUGGCUCGCGAUCAGGCAGCGCUUCUGGUUCACGUUCUGGCUCAGCCUCGCGUACACCGUCCCGUUCAGGCAGCGCAACACCAAGUGGUUCGGAUAGCGGUUCUGGGAGUGGCUCGGAAGCAGAAGAUUAAACAUAAUUUCACAAAAAACUUUAAUGAAAGUUGUAGUUUCUGACAUUAAUCUGUGUUUUCAAUUUUAAAAUCAUCAAAUAUAGUAUUUGAAAAUAAAAAUGUUA